AGUGGGACCAAUCAAAUGUGUAUCCUGCUUGAGGAGGCGGUACUGGAGUUGGUGCUGCAGGGUUAGGUUGUGGAUGGGCAGGUGAGAGACCUGGGAAGUGGACUCGCAGACUCGGGUUGGAAGGACGGAUGUGCCGCUCCUCAGGUUUCUUUGUUACGCAGUCCAGGAGGAAGACUUUGUACCUCAAAUGACUUCACUAAAGUAGGAAGGACUUACUUCCAGGAGAACAAACUUACAUGCAGCAGCAAUACUUUCAUUUUGCGAUGAAUAUAGCAAGCUGUAACUGAUGAUGUUGUAAUCUUCGUGUAAAAGAAAACUUUAAGGAACAAACCAACAGAACCUUUGAGAACCACUGUAACAGAAAACCACUGCCAAGGCUGUUAGAGCUGAAAAUGAACAAACUGCGCCAGAGUUUUCGGCGGAAGAAAGACAUCUACGUCCCAGAGGCAAGCCGACCCCACCAGUGGCAGACUGAUGAAGAAUCCGUCCGGAAUGGGAAAUGUAGUUUUCCAGUAAAGUAUCUGGGCCACGUGGAAGUGGAGGAAUCAAGAGGGAUGCACAUCUGCGAAGAAGCAGUGAAAAGACUAAAAUCUGAAAGGAAAUACUUCAAGGGCUUCUUUUCAAAAAGCGGCAAGAAGGCAAUCAAGGCUGUCCUGUGGGUUUCGGCUGAUGGACUCCGAGUUGUGGAUGAAAAGACAAAGGACCUUCUGCUUGACCAGACUAUUGAGAAAGUCUCUUUCUGCGCUCCAGAUAGAAAUUUUGACAGAGCCUUUUCUUAUAUCUGUCGUGACGGCACAACUAGGCGAUGGAUCUGCCACUGCUUCAUGGCUGUUAGAGAUACGGGUGAGAGGCUCAGCCAUGCUGUUGGAUGUGCAUUUGCGGCUUGUCUGGAGAGGAAGCAGAAGCGGGAAAAGGAAUGUGGAGUGACGGCUUUGUUUGAUGCCAGCAGAACUACUUUCACCCGGGAAGGCUCAUUCAGGGUGACCACAGCCACGGAGCAAGCUGAGAGAGAGGAAGUCAUGAAGCAGAUACAGGAAUCCAGGAAAGAGAUGGAAGUGAAAGCACCAGUAGCACCAGCAGUAUCUUCUACAACUGUGUCUUCUACUCCAACUCCAGUGCUGCCAUCCUAUCCAACCUCUGAGGUGUUUGUGGUUGAGGACAAUAAAGAUCUGAACAACCCCCAUGCAAUCCCUCGUAGGCAUGCGACCGUGGAACAGAUUGCCAGGCAGGGCUCCUUCCGGGGUUUCCCUGCUCUCAGCCAAAAAAUGUCCCCAUUCAAGCGUCAGCUUUCGUUACGAAUCAAUGCGCUGCCAUCAACUGUUCAAAGAAAAUCUGACUUUCAGGCCACAAAUCGAGUUGCAGAGAUGGAAGGAGAAAACGACAGCAUAAGCGCCCUGUGUUCCCAGAUCACAAACACGUUCAGCGUUGCGACUGAGGGUCCGUUCUCUUCUGCACCCAUGACUAAAGCCACCACACCACAAUCCCCAUCUUUUGAAGUAAAUGGCACUGCCUAUGCAUUCAUUUUGCCUGCGGCUACACCAGCACCAGUCUCUGUAACCACUGCAGCUGCACCUGUACGUGAGACCAACCCUUGGGCCAAUGCCCCCGCAGCUUCUCACUUACCAGCCACUACCACUGGAGCACUGCCUGUAGCCCCCUUAGUUGGUCCUGUGUCUUCAGCCAGUUCUCACCAAUCAAACCACAAACGAACGCCCUCUGAGGCCGACCGCUGGCUUGAAGAAGUAUCCAAAACAGUCCUGCAAAGACAGUCCCCAGUCCCCACAGUCCAGGCUCAGCCUCUGGUACAACCUGUCCUUGUUGCACCACAGUCUAAGCAGCCGUAUCUGGGCAAUACUUACGUGACCCCACAGCCUAUACCUGUUUCUGUUGUCCCAGGUCUGCAACCUCCCUUCAUGCCUGUGCAGCCAUCGUACUCUGUAGCCAAUGGAAUGAGUUAUCCAGCUUCCAGUGUUCCAGUUGUUGGCAUCACCCCUUCCCAAAUGGUAGCGAAUGUUUUUGGAGUUGCAGCUCCGCAGGUUUACCAGCCUAAGCCAACUCCAAAUGUAGUCGCACAGCAGACGUAUCCGACUUAUGAAGCUUCCAGUGUGUCCAGCAGCCCAUUCUAUAAGCCUCCUGCUCAGCAACAAAAUGGCUCUAUUGCUUUUAAUGGGGUUGAGAGAAGUGGCUGGGAAUUGGGAGCCAAGAAGCAACCAGCUCCAGUAGCCGCUCCUCCUGUGGACCCAUUUGAAGCUCAAUGGGCGGCUCUUGAAGGCAAAUCUAAACCUCGUACAAACCCAUCCCCUACUAAUCCCUUCUCUAGUGACCUUCAAAAGACUUUCGAAAUCGAACUAUAGAGCCGGAGCGAACACGAAUCCAAUCUCUUUGGGGAGUAAAAGAUUUCAAAUCUUUUCUCAAAAAAGCAUCUCCUUAGACUUAAGGUCCCCAUAGACCGAUUUUAGUGCAAUCCAACCAAUCCGUCAAAUUAACGUGAGGUUAGCGGGAACGAUCGCGCAUUUUAUGAUUUUUCGUUCGACAUCUGUCUGAAAAUUGAUCGGCCAGGUUAGAAAAUUUUCAUUGGUUGCAGUGAAAUCUUUCUAUUGUCCAAUCGUUUGCAGGGCCGAGCAGACAGCUCCCCUCCGUUUUCUUGGCUAACAUUGCUUCAACUGCUCUUUUUAGUUGAUGGACAAAUCCUACAUUUAAACGAUCGUUUCAAGAUAAUCUUGGUCUCACGAUAACGAAAAGAUCUUUUAAAAACCUUUACAUCCAUGGCCAGCUUUCCACAGAAAAGGACCACGGGGGGAGGGGCAUGAAAACCCCAUUGGACAGUAACUGCAAUGGAAAUGUACGGGGAAUAUUUAAGAAUAGCCGACCCCGCAGAUCUCAUCUACCCCGUGUUGGCACAGAAAACCGGAGAAGAACCUGGACAGUGGUUAUGGCAAGAAGCGAAAAUGGCCGCCCACUGGAGAUUCGACUCUCUGCAGAGAACGCUGCACUGCCUGAGCUUCCAUAUUAUAGGAGUGGUUCACCUUUAAGGUAACUUUUAGUAUAUUAUGUAAUUCUAAGCAAUUGGUUUUCAUCAUUAUUUUUUAUAUAGUUUUAUAGUUAUUUGUCUUUUUCUUCUGAUUCUUUCCAGCUUUCAAAUGGGCAUCGCCGACUCCAUCUAAAAAACAAAUG